CAUUCAGCACAGCCAUCUCACCUCUCUGCUAUCAUUAUCAGGUCAGCUUUCAACUGUGAAAUUUUGGGAUCGAGUCCAGUUGUCAAGAUGCGCACACUGAUCCUCGUGGUCCUGUAUGCUGCGCUGAGCUGCGCCAGCUCUGACAGCAACCAAGACAACAUAGAAACUCUGAUGGAUAAUGUCCUGGUCCUGAGGAUCCCUCAUGGUGUGAACACCAGGAUGAAUGUUAAUCUGAUUUGUGGGACAGCUUAUCAAAACCAGCCUGUGCUGUGGAAGAAAAACGGCAUGGACCUUCAGCCACCUCUGCAGGGGAAUCAGGUCAAGGUCCUGGUGGAGGAGAUGGAUGGAGGAAACUACACCUGUCACAGCCCAAACGGAGAAUACCUCAACCACACCGUCAUCCUGAUUCAACUAGACCCAGACAAUCGGACUGUCAUCCUGGAAGAAAAAUCCCCUGAAGAGGGUCACAUCCACUGUUCAGCGCCUAACUAUAAAGGCAACUUCCACUGCACCUGGACAAGAACAAGGACUAGAUCCAACGCCGCUGUGCUCCUGGUGAAGGCACAACGUUAUUUGGAAAAUAUGCCCUGUGAGCUGGAUGCUGAUGGAUCAGGGGUUCACUGCCAGGAUGCCAGCUGCUCUUAUGAGGAGGAACAGCACCGCAUCUCCCUCACCAUUUACAUUCAUAGCUACUCUCGCCUGGAGGCCUACACAAAGACUUUCUACCUCAGGGAGAUUGUGAGACCGGAAAAACUCCCUAACUUGUCAGUCAGUAAGUCAAUCAGUGAUGGGAAGGUGUUCAGCUGGAGUUACCCUGACUCCUGGGAGAAGCCCUGCAGCUUCUUUGGCCUGCAGUUCCAGGUCAAGGUGGUCCACAACAAAGAAUCCUGUGACAGUGAAACACACAUAAUGCACAUCACUGAGGAUACUCAGUUUGAGGUCAAUGUCAAAAGCAAGAGGUAUGUUUUCUGUGUGCGAGCCCAGGACAAACACACCCAGGGGCCGUUCAGCCCAUGGAGCCACUGCACAGUGAACAAACAAAAUGUGAGCUGCUAACUUCAAUCACCGGAGCAAGGAAGGAACAAGCAACACAAGGAUGGACGCAAAUAUUUCCCAAAGAAACUUUUUCACUUUUCAAACAUUUUUUAGAGCAAUGCACAAAAAAUGGGAUGUAUACAUGUACAGUAUUUAUUUAUUGCUCAUUUGUCUCUUCAGAAAUACAGUAUAUUAUUAACACAAAUAUUUGUAAUCUGACUGAAAUCAGUAACUCCUUCAUGUACCCUUUAUGCUUUCUGUAACUCUUAUUUAUAAUAACCGUCCUUGCAGAAUUGUUGCAGAAAUGUUAAACAUUUCCUAAUAAACUGCUGA